AUGCGGUUAUUACUAGCAUCGCUUGCAGUCCUGACUGCGUUCUCUACAGCUGCGGCGGAACAAGGCCGUAUAGUAUGCUACUUCAGUAACUGGGCGGUGUACCGACCAGGUAUUGGCAGGUAUGGUAUAGAUGACAUUCCAGUUGACCUGUGCACCCACAUCAUCUACUCCUUCAUUGGAGUUACUGAGAAUACCCAUGAGGUGCUGGUUAUAGAUCCAGAGCUCGACAUAGACAGGGGAGGUUUUCGUAAUUUCACCUCGUUGCGUAAAACACAUCCAAAUGUCAAGUUCAUGGUUGCCGUGGGGGGGUGGGCAGAGGGCGGCUCCAAGUAUUCCCGGAUGGUGGCGCAAAAAUCCUCCCGGAUGGCCUUCAUCAGAAGUGUUGUUGAUUUCCUAAACAAAUACGAAUUUGAUGGUCUUGACCUUGACUGGGAGUACCCUGGAGCAGCAGACCGAGGUGGGUCAUUCUCCGACAAGGAUAAGUUCCUAUACUUCGUCCAGGAGUUGAAAAGAGCUUUCAUCAGAGCCGGUAAGGGCUGGGAGAUGACUGCCGCUGUGCCAUUGGCUAACUUUAGACUCAUGGAAGGGUAUCACGUUCCUGAAUUAUGCGACCUCCUAGACGCUAUACACGUGAUGUCAUACGAUCUUCGCGGUAACUGGGCUGGAUUCGCUGAUUUGCAUUCGCCCUUGUACAAGCGUCCUCACGACCAGUGGGCUUAUGAAAAACUUAACGUGAACGACGGUCUAAACCUCUGGGAGGAAAAGGGAUGUCCUUCAAACAAAUUGGUUGUCGGUAUUCCCUUCUACGGGCGGUCUUUUACCCUCUCAGCUGGAAACAAUAAUUAUAAUCCCGGAACUUACAUAAACAAGGAAGCGGGUGGUGGAAACCCAGCUCCAUACACCAAUGCAACUGGUUUCUGGGCUUAUUAUGAGAUUUGUAUGGACGUGGACAAACCCGACUCGGAAUGGACCAAAAAAUGGGAUGACCACGGUAUGUGUCCCUACGCAUACAAGGGCACUCAAUGGGUAGGAUAUGAGGAUCCUCGUAGUGUUGAGAUCAAGUUGAACUGGAUUAAGCAGAAGGGCUACUUAGGAGCAAUGACCUGGGCCAUAGAUAUGGACGAUUUCCAAGGAAUCUGCGGGGAGAAGAACCCUCUAUCCAAACGAUUGCACCAAUUCAUGUCAACAUAUACCGUGCCACCGCCGAGACAAGGAAAUACUACACCAACUCCUGAGUGGGCCAGACCACCUUCAACACCAUCAGACCCUUCAGAGGGAGAACCCAUCCCCACCACAACUAGAGCUACCACCCAAGCUAGCAGUAUUACUACUACACAAGCCACCACUUCUACUACCGCUACCAGCGAAGUAGCUGAAGAACCUCAAAAACCUGUCCUGGAUGUUGAACAACCACCAGCGGAGAAUGAAGUGGAUAGCCCCGAGAUCUGCAGCUCUUCCGAAGAUUACGUAGCGGACAAAAGUCGGUGCGAUAAGUACUGGCGUUGCGUGAACGGGGAAGGCAUGCAGUUCACAUGUCAGUCUGGGACUGUCUUCAACACAGCGUUGAAUGUAUGUGACUGGCCUGAUAACGUUGAUCGUAGCGAAUGUAAAUAG